AUGCCUCAUUCGACUCUCGACGAAGACCGACAAGUGCCCCUUGGCCGCGUCAAGCAGCCAUACAACGAUGCAGCCCCUGUCCAAAACGGACUUGAAAAGUUCCCAGAUAUGGAUGCCAGCGAUAACUCUACCUUUGAGCCGCUUAACUCGAAGUGGAAUCCGCGUCGCGACCCUACGUUUGCCAACGCACCGAUGCUCCGCGGCUCUACUCCAUCUCAUCAAAGGACGAACGGCCACUCUCGUCAAAAGAGCUUGAGCGAGGCCAUCCGGACUAUUAGAACACGCGGCGGCAGUGUCAGCCAGAAUGUCCACGAGAUCACAGAUGCGUUGAAAGCGCCGGUAUCCCCCAAGCUCAUUUUCUUAUGUAUCCUCUGGUAUACCUCGUCUGUCCUCACAAAUACCUCCUCCAAGUCUAUUCUCAUGAGCUUCGACAAGCCCGCGACCCUAACCAUCGUACAAUUCGCCUUUGUCUCCUCAUAUUGCAUGUUGUCCUCCGCCCUAGCGUCAACCUUUCCCAAGAUAAGAACAGCGAUCCCUGCGCUCAAGUAUCCCAUUCGCCCACCCUCGAGAGAUGUUAUUAAGACGACCUUGCCUUUGGCGCUCUUCCAGAUUGGAGGCCAUCUGUUAAGCUCGAACGCGACGUCAAAGAUCCCCGUGUCCCUGGUCCAUACCAUUAAGGGCUUGUCGCCGCUCUUUACGGUCCUUGCCUACCGAUUCAUCUUCGACAUUCGCUACCCGGUUGCCACCUAUGUUUCUCUCGUCCCUCUGACUCUAGGUGUUAUGCUUGCCUGCUCCGGAAACCGCACGUUCGGCGGCCAGCUCGUCGGCGUUCUCUACGCCCUCCUCGCCGCCCUCAUUUUCGUUACCCAGAACAUCUUCUCCAAGCGGCUGUUCAACGAAGCAGCCAAGGCUGAGGCCCAAGGGCUCGGUGUCAAGUCCCGCAAACUCGACAAGCUCAAUCUCCUUUGCUACUCUUCGGGUCUCGCGUUUAUUCUUACGUCACCCAUCUGGUUCUGGACUGAUGGGAUUGUUCUCAUCAAAGAUUUCCUCCACGACGGCUCGAUCGACUUGACUGAGAAGCCCCACAGUUUUGACCAUGGCCGUUUAUUCCUCGAAUUCAUCUUCAAUGGAACGUUCCACUUUGGCCAGAACAUCAUUGCCUUCACCCUACUCUCCAUGGUCUCCCCUGUGACCUACUCGGUUGCUAGCCUGCUCAAGCGCGUGUUUGUCAUCACCGUAACUCUCCUAUGGUUCCGAAAUCCCACCACAUGGAUUCAAGGACUCGGUAUUGCGCUUACCUUCCUCGGGCUCUACAUGUAUGACCGCUCGAGCGCUAGCAACAAGGCUGACCGCAAGGCACGAAUGAUGGCCGAUUCUCCUAAGAACGGGCCUAUACUGCCUUUGACUGAUCGGAAGACUAUGUCACCAAUCAACGGCGGUCUGCGAGCCCCUUUCUACGGCAAUGGCCAUACUAACGGGAAUCACCUCUACACAAAUGGACAUUCUAAUGGUGACACCUCCAAGAAGUCCGACGAUGGGCGAGGUUCUCGACCUAGGGGUCUGAGUAACACGCCGCUUCCUCCGAGGACGAAACAGGAAGAUACGUGGCUGGCUGCUGACAGGGCUAUUGGCGUUCAAUGA